UCGAGUCUCGGUAUAUUCAUACCUCACAACAACUCACUGCUGCUGAGCCCUUCCCUUGUUCGGCGAUGCUGUCAUGCUGAUUGACUAAUACAUACAAAUAUAAACUGCCUUUGUUUACAGUGACUUGUACUUCUGUUUUAGUAGGUGUUAUUUCACUCAGAGCUGCACGCAUUAUAUAAGUAUUCUUUCCAUAGUAGAUCUGACGGAAGAGGCUCCCCAAGGGUGAUUCAACUAGGAAGGAAGGUUUAGAAACUCUUGUACGGUGACAUUUUAUCAUGUUCUAGAAUUUCAGAACCCAGGAUUUAAUGUUUGUUCGUCUGUACCGGUCACAUUUCACGUGUUCGUAACAAUCCUCGGAUAUUUUGCGAUUGCCCUCAGAUUGGCCCCUUGAGAAAGCCUUUCUGUGUUCAUGUAAGAAGAUGCGCCUAAAACAGACUUAUCCUUGUGUCUUGUUAGUGAAUCUGCACUCCUUAAAGUUACAUCUUACACAGUUUCAUAAUGAAGAGGACUUACAUAUUUACUUUUGUGCUGUUUAUUGAGGAGAUUCUAUUUGUGUUUUUAUAUUUUCUGCGUUUCAAUGGGCCGUACAGGAGUCUCCUGAUAGCUGCCGCUCCAACACAAAGACCCACUCAAUUAUUUUUGUUAAAUGGUUCAGUCGAGGUGGAAAUUCAGACUCCUUGGGAUGAAAGACAUGGGGAGUCAGAAGCCCCAGAGGUCACAUUGGGGAGGAACCUGUUCCAGUCAAAGAAAAUUGAACUUCCGGUAACGUCAAAAAAGGUCAAAGAAGGUCAUCCCAACGCCAUUCAGGAGAGGUCAGCUGAAGAUGAGUGUAAGUUUUUGAAGGAGAUAGGAGAUAUGUCUAUCAAAGGAGCACCAACAUUUAGUCUGGCCAUUUUGCCAGAAAACGUGAUCAUCAUUAUACAGAGUUAUCCUAUCAACGAAUCCUUGCGGUAUCUGUGUGCAAAUGGAACACUUUCUGCUGAUCCUGCUAACUUCUCGUCCGCUGCGAAAUCGUGUUCCCUUCGAAACAUUACAACAGUGAAUAGUGGUUACUUAAGCAAUAUCAGCAUAGGAGAGCCUUGCUGGAUACAGAACGAGACCAUAGAUAGAGAAGUGGCACUUUUCUACAAUUAUGAGAUGAGAACAAAUGAAGGUUCAUGUUAUAGAAUAGACCGCAACGAAAAGACAACAAUGGCUGCUACAGAUUCGCUCCUACACAAGACAAUUCGUGUCAUGAAAUACCAAAACUAUUCGGUUCAAAUCAAGUCUUGCUGUGAAAGGCCGUCUACCACUGAUUCUACACCAAUUGACCCGGGCACCACUCCCCAAGGUAAACUCCACCCACCUACAGUUAUAACCACCACCAAAUCAACAGACAAUUCAAGAGCAGGCUACGCCAUUACAAUAUUGCUAAUAUUCAUUGGUGCCAUUUUCGCUGUCUUAUGUCUUUUUUUCCUGUGCUGUAAAAUUUGCUGCACCCCAAAACGGCGUCCUUCGUAUAAGGUGGAAUACGCAGACCCUAGUGACGUCAUUGCAUCCAGUAGUGGAGCGGAAUAUUCCACGCCGUAUGACACAUGUAAAGCGAGAAAUAGGGUAGUCAAGGUAACUACUAAAACCAAGGGAGCGGGUAAAAACAAAGUAUCACUUCGUAAGAAAUUAAGUCAGAGAUUCAGUUCUAGACCAAGAGGGAGAAGGCGUGAAAAUGAUUCAGGAUUUAGUGAUCUUUUAGAGAGUGACGUAAGCAAAGUGUCAGGAAAGGAGGAUCAAAUGGAAAGUAAAGAGGCCCAAUAUAUGGAGAUUCCUUUAACAAAAUUAAAUGUAACAAAAUCCUUAAGCAACCCGUCAUAUUCAAAAGUUGACAGAAAAUCCAAUGGCAGGGGAGAUAAUGACAAAAAAGAGACUGGUGUUCGAUUUACUUUACCGAAUAGUGGUCUCCAGGAAAGACAAAAAUUAAGUUCACCCUCUCCGAGACAAGAAAGGGUAGACUCCCCUUAUGAAUCAUUACCAGACAAAGACAAAAACAACAAAGUUUGUGAAGUGAGAAACAAUGAGAAGAAAAAUUUAACAGAAAAUCCUUAUGCUGUUCCAGAAUGUGACAAAGAACGACCUAUUCAAUCCAAACCACCGGAAACAGAUACAUCACGAGACAGUCCUUACGCGGAAAUAAAUCACGUGUUUCCAGUUGAUGGAGAUGCCAAAGUGAAAAGGUUUAUAAAGGCUAUGGGGGAGGGGGAGAACCCUUACAUGUGAAGAUUCAAUGCACGGUUUGGGUUUAUUAAGAAAGGUCACAUAGAGGAUUACGGUCAGGAUGAAAUGGUUUACGUGAUUCUACCAGAGAUAAGCCAAAUAUACUGUUCUCAACAUAAUUACUGGUACGAUUGGUGCAAUGCUUUCAAUUUUUUACGUGCCAUCCUUUAUUUAAAUAAGAAUUUAUAAAGAGUACCCUUUAAGAAAAAGAAAAGUAGAAAGGAGAUUAUUCUUUUAUCUGGAUUUUAUGUACAUGCACAAUAAUAUUGUAUUUUUCAUUUUUUAUUUAUUUUACAAACUGUAUACUUCAUUUUGCUUUUGUUUGAGGCAUUAACUUGUUAUUUAUAAAGCAUAUAAUUCGGUUGUUUUUAAAGUCA